UACCCAUCCAGAUCAGUGGUGCUAUAUAAACACUGACAGCAAUCCAGCAGACCAUGCAACCAGGCCCAUACUUGCUGCGCUCUUAAAACACACUAGUUGGUUCUCAGGUCCACCGUUCCUGACCCAAACAAACUCGAGUAAGCCUGAGAACAUCAAUUUUGACCUUGUAGAGCCUCACACAGAUGCAGAGAUUCGACCAGACGUCACUGUCUUUGCCUCUAAAGUUUCUGGAGCUCAACUUGGCUCUCAUCGCUUUGAGAGGUUCUCAAGCUGGAAAACUCUCAAUCGAGCCACAGCACGACUCAUUCAUGUUGCAAGAUCCUUCCAUGAAGGUGCAGACAACACCAGCUGCAGAGGCUGGCAUGACUGUAAUAAACCAUGCGGUACAAGUGAGUUGUCACAAGCCAAAACAGCAAUCAUUCACUGUGUGCAACAUGAAGCCUUCAGAGAGGAAUUCAAAUGCAUUGAAAAAGGAAAAGAGUUCCCAAAGUAAAGUACACUCAAAAAGCUGAACCCAGUGAUUGAUGAGGAUGGGUUGCUGAGGGUGGGAGGCCGCUUAUCCUCCGCCGACAUGUUACAAGACGAAAAACAUCCUCUCAUCAUACCACGGACACAUCAUGUUGCCACUCUGCUGGUAAGACAUUAUCACGAGCAAGUGGCUCACCAAGGCCGUCAUUUUUCAGAUGGAGCUAUUCGAGCAGCAGGCUUCUGGAUUAUUGGGAGCAAACGUCUGGUCUCUGGUAUCAUUCACAAGUGUGUCACCUGCUGCAAGGUUAGAGGGAGGUUAGUUGACCAAAAAAUGGCUGACUUGCCUGCAGACAGACUCACAUCUGAACCACCAUUCACCAGCGUUGGACUUGAUGUGUUUGGACCAUGGAAUGUCAUAACUCGUCGCACUAGAGGUGGUAGUGCAGACUCCAAGCGCUGGGCGGUGCUCUUUACAUGUAUGUCUACUAGAGCAGUCCAUAUCGAGCUUAUCGAAUCCAUGUCCACAUCCAGCUUCAUCAACGCGCUGAGGCGUUUUUCCGCUAUCCGUGGUCCAGCAAAAGUGCUACGGUCUGAUCGAGGUACAAACUUUAUAGGUGCCUGCAGGGAACUGGGUAUCGACACAAAUGACUCGGAACUGACUAAAUACCUCUCAGAUAAGGGAUGUACUUGGAUAUUUAAUCCUCCACACUCGUCUCAUAUGGGUGGUUCUUGGGAGAGACUCAUUGGGGUUGCCAGACGUAUUCUUGAUGCUAUGCUGUUUCAGACGGGCUCCACUCGUCUCACACAUGAGGUCUUGAGCACUCUUAUGUCUGAAGUUAUGGCAAUAAUCAAUGCGAGACCCUUAGUGUCAGUAUCAACCGACCCUGACAUGCCUACCAUUCUCACACCCUCAAUGUUACUUACACAAAAGACCAGCGCUACCUCAGCCCCUUCUGGAUACUUCAGCAUGAACGACCUUCAUGGAAAACAGUGGAAGCAAGUCCAGUGUCUCGCUGACACCUUUUGGAAAAGGUGGAGACAGGAGUACCUGACAACGCUGCAGAGACGCAGAAAAUGGACUGCAGAAAAGCCAAAUGUAAAAGUGGGAGAUGUUGUCUUAUUGAAAGACAGUCAGGCACACAGAAAUGACUGGCCAGUCGGGCUUGUGGUAAAAACCUUUCCCAGUACUGACAAAAAGGUUAGGAAAGUAGAACUAAAAAUUGUCAAGCAAGGAGCUGCUAAGGUGUUUCUGAGACCAAUCUCAGAGAUUGUUGUUCUUCUUUCUGAAGCAUCCUAGAGACAAAAGAUAAAAAUAGAAAGGACAUUAUUUGUUUCUUGAUAUGUUAUAUUUCAUAGUGGCACAAUUUCAUUAUGCCAGGCGGGGAGUGUGCUGCCAUCCUGUUAGAAGGUAACAGAUUAUUUUAUUACAAUGGUUAAAUUGGAUUUUCAUUGUGUUCAAUGGUGUUAUUUGCCCCCUAGUGGCGCUUUCUGGUACUUAGAAAGACGGCGCAAACAGGAAGUACAGAAUUUGUUUUGCACGCAUAGAAGCAGCUACAAACAACGCUACGGUGCAGGUCUUUCAAUAUAGUUAUUUCUUGUCACGCUUCAGCCUUGGAAACAUAUUUGUUUGUAAGUUCGAUUCAAGCAUUUAGCUAAUGAUGAUAAUCUUGUUAUUGAUAGAGUUGCUUACAUAUCAAUAUUGGUUGCAUUUACUCACAAAUUGCAAUGCCUUUAAAUGUAUGUCGUUAGCUGUAUUACUUUGCUCGUGCGUCAUGCAAACGAAUUGUAAAAUAUACAAUACUGUAGUUUUGUUACUGUUCCUAGUGUAAUAUGCUUUGUUAUUCUACAUAAAUGGUUGUACAUUAUUAGAGUAAUGAAAGGAGCCAAUUACCAUAUGAGUAACAAUUAGCUAUAUGGUUUGGCAUCAUGCCAGAUGCAUGGUACCUUAGCACGUGCUUUGUAUUUAUGCAACUUCAAAUGUUUAAUGUACAGCUACAGUAUGUCGGUGUGAAUUGAAUACUAAAGUAUAUUCUUUUCUGUAUUUUGCAGUUUCACAACAUAAACGUUUUCAAUAUAUUCAUUCAAGAAAAGUCACGCCUUGGGAGUUUUAUUGAAGACUUAGUUGUUAGCUAUCUGUCUAGUUUUGCAUGGGAACGCAACUCAAGGGCA